CUUUCCCGAUCGCUCGCCGCCUGCGAGAGGCGCUGUCCCGCCGUCUGCCGGCUCGGAGCCUCGUCUCCAACGGUGGCACCUAGAGGACAGUGGAGCGAUGGGGUCGUGAGCCUUCUUCUUCCAGGCCUUCUCCUUCGUACUUUGUAGCAAUAGCUUUGGGGCUCCUGACUGUAAUUCUCAUGAUUUUGCUGCUAUACCGCUGGAUUCCGUACCAGGGUUCCAACUCCUCCACCUGUGCCAGCUGUCCUAGUUGCCCAGACUUCUGGACGAGAUAUGGUAACCAUUGUUAUUAUUUCUCGGUGGAGAAAAAGGACUGGAAUUCUAGUCUGGAAUUCUGCUUAGCCAAAGGCUCCCAUCUCCUUGUGUUUAUAGAUGACCAGGAAAUGAACCAGUUCAAAUGUUUUCUCAAUGACGACUUUCGCUGGAUUGGUCUGAGGGACAAUUCUGGCUGGAGGUGGGAAGAUGGAUCAGCUCUAAACUCAUCAAGGAUUACUUCUAAUAGCUUCGUACAGAAGUGUGGUACCAUCAACAGAAUUGGUCUCCAAGCCUCCAGCUGUGAAGUUCUUUUACAGUGGGUGUGUAAGAAGGUCAGACUUUGAUGGACGGUCACUCUGACCUGAUCUUCAGCUCUGUCCUUGUAAGGGGAGAGAAGGCCACUGGCUGUAGGGAUCGCCACGAGUGUGUAUUUAGUGAAUGCUGAACCUUCUAAGGUACGGCGUUAGAUCUAAGAUCAAUGCAGCCUCCUCAGGAUUGAUGCUUUACUUCUGCAUUCUCUUUGAGACUAUUUUGAUAUAGUGUUAACAAUCUAAAGAUCAGAUCUAAGCCAAUUUGUGAAAUAGAUGCAGUUUGUUUUUAGUAUUUCUCACUCUAGCAACUCAUCUUGCCUCCUUCAUUCCCACCCCCACCCCCUCUGUCAAAAAUAUACCUUUUCUAUAUUAUAUUCUGAGCUAAUAUGAUGAAAUCUGUACAAAUAUAUACUAUUGCUAACGUACUGGUUAGGUUUUAUGUGUGCUGAUGAGUUAGCAUGUUACUUCUCCCCGAUCAUGUAUUUUUAUCCUAACAGUGGCUCUUUGCAGAUAAAGCUUUUCUCUAAAGAAUAAUGCUAAUGGUGAGAGUAUAAAAUGUGGAAAGUAGGCGAGGGCAGGGUGGCACUUCCUGUUUCUCAGCUCUUCACACUUACGUAACGACCUGGACUUGACUGAUUUUGUUUCUUUCUGA